UUUUUUCAGAGCAAAAGAUUCUGUAAAGCAUUUUCAUGUGGAAUAUACAGGGAAUUCAUACAAGUUUGGCUUCAAUGAAUUUUCAGACUUGAAAGACCUGAUCAUGCAUUUUGCGAAUCAGCCUUUAAUAGGUAGCGAGACAGGGACUUUGAUUGUAUUGAAGUAUCCAUAUCCCAAGAAAGUAGAAGAGCCUUCCAUUUAUGAAUCUGUGCGAGUCCACACGGCUAUGCAGACAGGAAAAACAGAAAUUGACCUCAUUUCCAGUGCUCCGUCGCUAGGGACUAAAGAAGGUUAUCUAACAAAGCAAGGCAAAAUAGUGAAGAACUGGAAAACUAGAUGGUUUACACUGCAUAGGAAUGAGCUGAAAUACUACAAAGAUCAGACGUCCACAGAGCCAAUCAGAGCACUUGAUCUAACUGAAUGCUCAGCAGUGCAGUUUGACUAUUCCCAAGAAAAAGUGAAUUGCUUUUGCUUAGUAUUUCCAAUGCGGACGUAUUACCUGUUUGCAAAGACUGGAGUAGAAGCCGAUGAGUGGAUUAAAAUAUUGCAGUGGAAACUGUCCCAGAUAAGAAAAAAACGCCAACAUGACUCAGGCCAUAGUACUUUUGGCUAAA